AUGGUGGCGAGGAUGAUGCGGUGGCCGCGGCCGCCCCAGGCGCGCAAGUUCCGCGUCCGGCUGGUGGUGCGGCGGGCGGAGGGGCUGCCGCCGCCCCCGCCGUCCGUGGAGCCCGCGGAGCAGGAGCAGAGGGUCGCGGCGGAGGUCAGGUGGAAGGGGCCGAGGGCGUCCGGCCUCGGCUCGCUGCGGCGCGCGGUGCGGCGCAACCGCACCAGGGGCGAGGAGCUGGCCGGCGGCGCCGUGGCGUGGGAGGAGGGGUUCGACAGCGCCGUCACGCUCGCGGCCGCGUCCCACCGGGAGGCCGCCGCGUUCCAGCCGUGGGAGCUCGCCUUCACCGUCUUCACCGAUGUGAACAAAGGCCCAAAGACUAAACCAACAAUUCUGGGAACUGCUUCUCUUAGCCUAGCAGAUUAUGCAUCAGCAGCCGAAGAGGAUAUUGAGAUAAUUCUCCCUUUGUCCGUGCCCUGUGGUGCGCCUGAGUCUGCUCCGUCGCUUCAUCUCACUCUGAGCAUGGUGGAACUGAGAGCUCAUCAAGAAGCCUCUGAUGCUUCACAACGGUCUGCUGUGGCCGCUCCGUUAUCCCCGUCGUCUUGUGAUUCUGUCCCUGGAGGAAAAGAUGAGGUUUCAGUCAUUAAAGCGGGGCUAAGAAAGGUAAAAAUCCUCAGGCAUAUAGUGUCAGCUCGAAGGUCCAAGAAGACAUUCCAAAGCGAUGAAGGCAGUGAAGAUAAUUGCUAUAUUCACAGUGAUGGUACCGAAUAUCCAUAUGGUACCGAGCCUGUGGAUGAAGAUCUUGAUGAUAGAACACAUGAAGAUGAAGUUGCGGAUUCAACUAUCAGGAAGUCGUUCAGUUAUGGUUCACUGCAGUCUGUCAACCAUGUUGGUGACCAUGAGGACUGGGUCUAUUACAGUCACCGGAAAUCCGAUGCCGGUUACCAUGUAGAUGAACCACAGUCAUCAACUGCUGUGGGAACUGUGUUGCCAACUGCCAAACGGAGUAUCCUUCCUUGGAGAAAGAGGAAACUGGGUUUACGGUCACUAAAGGCUAAGGGUGAACCUCUGUUGAAGAGAGCAAAUGGAGAAGAGGGAGGUGAUGAUAUUGACCACGAUCGUCGGCUGCUAACCUCUUCCGAUGGAUCACAGCGAUCAAGAAGCGAAGAUGGGUCAGUUCAUGGUAUGAUGUCAGAAUUUGGCGAUGACAAUUUUGUUGUGGGGAACUGGGAAUCAAAGGAGGUACUUAGCCGUGAUGGUCAUAUGAGGCUUUCUUCCCAGGUGUUCUUUGCGUCAAUAGACCAGAGAAGUGAGCGGGCUGCUGGGGCAAGUGCAUGCACGUCACUUGUGGCUGUCAUUGCAGACUGGUUCCAGGCAAAUCAGAAUCUGAUGCCUAUCCAGUCGCAAUUUGAUAACCUGAUCCGAGAAGGAUCACUAGAGUGGAGAAACCUUUGUGAGAACAAGACAUACCGAGAGCGUUUUCCUGACAAGCACUUUGAUCUUGAAACUGUCCUUGAUGCCAAGACCCGGCCACUUACAGUCUCCCCCAGCAAGUCAUUUAUCGGAUUCUUCGUACCCGAAGGAGCUGAUGACAUGGGAGGACUUGACUUCCUCAAUGAUGCCAUGUCCUUUGAUAACAUCUGGGAUGAAAUCAGCCAGGCAGCAGAGGCCUCAUCCAGUGACAACCCUAACCUAUAUAUAGUGAGCUGGAAUGACCACUUUUUUCUCCUCAAGGUUGAGCGUGAUGCAUAUUACAUCAUCGACACCCUUGGAGAAAGGUUCUACGAAGGAUGCAGCCAGGCCUACAUUUUGAAAUUCGACGACACCACCAUGAUUCACAAGGUGUCCGACGAGAAGAAGGCGCAACCUAGCCCCGACUCAAGCGGGCCGCUGAAGGGUUCUUCAAGGAGCUCCUCGUCCGGGCAGGACAGCGAAGACGACGACAUCGAAGAGAACGUACUCGUGUCGAAGGGCAAGGAGUCGUGCAAAGAGUACAUCAAGAGCUUCCUGGCGGCCAUACCGAUCAGGGAGCUACAGGGGGACAUCAAGAGGGGAACGGUGGCAUCGACGCCGCUGCACCACCGCCUCCAGAUCGAGUUCCACUACACCGAGGCGGUCCCGGCAGAGGUUGCCCAGCCGCCACAAGCCCUCACCAUCGAAGCUCCGUUUGAGUUCUCAUGGCCCGAGCCGCCGCCGGGGAUGGAGCUCGCCCUAGCACCGGCGGUUGCCGUGGCAUAG